AUGCCUAGAGGUCAGAAGAGUAAGCUCCGUGCCCGUGAGAGACGCCGCCAGGCCCGUGCUGAGACCCAGGGUCUGGAGGGCCCUGAGGCUACUGCAGAAGCACUAGCAGGUGCAGCAGCCAUAGCAGCAGGAGAGUCCCCCUCCCCUGCCUGCCCUCUCUCUGGGGAUAGAGCUCAGAAUUUGUCUGCCGCUGCGACAUGCAGCAGUCCUCAGGCAGCCAAGGGGAGCUCCUCUCCCGCCAGUGCUGGUGCAGGUGUUUCAUGCACCAAUUCAGAUGAAGGUGCCAAAAGCCAAGAUGAGGGAAGCCAACAAUCCUCUAAGGGCACUGAGUUCUCACGCAGAGAUCCAUUAAACAAGAAGGUAGUGUUGUUGGUACAGUUCCUGCUGCAGAAGUAUCAAAAGAAAGAGCCAGUUACGAGGGCAGACAUGCUAAGGUAUGUCAUCAAAAAGUACAAGUAUCAUUUCAAUGAGAUCCUCAAGAGAGCCUCUGAGCAUAUGGAGCUGGCCUUUGGUAUUGAUGUGAAGGAAGUGGAUCCCAUCCGGCACUGCUAUGCCCUCCUCAGCAAACUAGACCUCAGCGUCGAUGGCACGAUGCAUGAAGAAGAGAACAUGCCCAAGACCGGCAUCCUGAUGAUCAUGCUGGGGGUAAUCUUCAUGAAAGGCAACUGCGCCCGGGAGGAGGAGGUCUGGGAAGUCCUGAAUCUGAUGGGCAUAUAUUCGGAUAAGAAGCACUUCAUCUAUGGGGAGCCAAAGAAGAUCAUCACUGAAGAUUUGGUGCAGCUCAAGUACCUGGAGUACCGGCAGGUGCCCAACAGCGACCCUCCGUGCUAUGAGUUCCUGUGGGGCCCCAGAGCCCAUGCCGAGACCAGCAAGAUGAGAAUCCUGGAGUUUCUCGCCAAAGUUCACGAUACCGUCCCCAGUGCUUUCCCAGCCUGGUAUGAAGAGGCUUUGAGAGAUGAGGAAGAGCGAGCCCGAGCCCGAGCGGCAGCCAGGGCUCGUAUCACUGCCAUGGCCAGUGCACGUGCCAGGGCCAUGGCCUCCAGCUCAUCCCACUCAAAGUGA